CUAGAGUUUGAACAUUCUACACGUCCAUGCCAAAGAUGUACUGCAAUAGCCAUCUCUAGAAUAAUUAUAUCCUCAUUUUGAAGAGCAUGCUAAAUUUCAACAUUUGAAGUGAAACAGAAACACAGUGACAAGAUAGGAACAUUCUACAUCAUAUGAGUCGAUGAGAUUGGUUUUGUACAAAGAAAUAAAAAAAGACAUAUACAAACAAUAUCCUUGAAAAAAAUAAAUCAGAGAUGUAAAAAUUGUCCAAGAAGAAAAAAUCUGGGGCAGGUACAUCUUACAAGAGAAAUGCACUAUUUAAAGUCUAAAAGGGUGACUAUUAAACGCAGAUUAAAAUAAAACAUUAGCACUAGCAAAUAUAUCCAAAAUACGGAGGAAAAUUGAUACAAAACAGAGGAAAAAUGGUUCUAAAAUGCAUGAAGAAAGGGUUAGAAAGCUAAAAAAAUGUAGCUUCUGCAAAAAUGCUUGCUGUUGUCAAUAGAAGUUCUGUGGCGUUAAGUUUGCAGAAAUAACCUAUUUUAUUCAGAAUGACUCACUACACUUACUAACUGCUGUGCUGUGUUUUUCUUAAUUCAAGUUCUCCAAAAAACCAUUAAACUGACAAAUUCACAACCACAUAUUUUUGGGGGGACCAAAAAUAUCUCUUAUAAAAACAGCUGCAGAUAAUACAGGCACACAAGCAGCACACUUGCAAUUCAAGUUACUAAGUAAUUUCUGUGACCCACAUUCCUACAGUCAGUCUGAACACUGGCAUAUUACACUUAAGGUUCCAGCCUUUAUUCUGAAGAUGGUAAAUAUUCUCAAUAACAUUCCUUAAAAUUAAUUAACUCUGUGGAAUGUGACUGCCCUUGAUGGUUGUGUUCCUCUACCUGCUGGAGCCCUGGACUCAAAGGACUCACCUACUGCACUCAAUUCUUUCACUACACAUGAGCAGGAGAGCCCAUUGCCUGAGGUCUCUAAAUAGCAGCAAAAGGAUUAGGCUUUGUUACCCAAUACUCACUAGCUAAUGCCAAUAUUUCACAGGAAAGCAGCAAGAAUGCAGAGAAAAAUUUAAAAAUGCAUCUGGAGGUGAAAAGAAAGGUUCCUCUUGUCCAUGGAUAUCCCUGCAGAAUCUUGCAACUUGCAGCUCAUGAAAAUUUGAGACUAACCAUCUAACCAAUAGUUUACAAUCCCCUCACGAAGGCACAAGUCAGACACCUAUCCUAAAGUAAGCAUUAAUCCUUAAUGCCAAGACUAUCCAACAAUAUAUUUUGUACCCUGCUGGGUUCCAUGUUCCUCACCUUGUCUGCCAAAAUCUGAACACUGUUUGCACAUAUAUGGAAAACACAAAUGUAUGUCUGCACAUAUAAGGUUAACACAAACACCUUCUGACACACAACAAUUUCUUAAUUUACAUGUUCAAAUCCUGGAGCAGUCCCACAGAUAUUGUACCAACAGCAGCUGUAUCAGAACAGAAAACAAACAGCUAGAAGGAUAAACAGUUAGUCAAAGAAUGCAACCUGCACCAUUUAAUUUAUCAUCAUGCUAGGCUGGACUGGUAGCUAAUAUACCAGUGUGGCUCAAAGGGUACAAGCUAGUACUGUAUCUUAAUCAAAGGAAGGCAAUAUUUUAUCACAUCAAAGCAGGAAACACAUACUGCCGUUGUUUUAUAAUGAUAAAACAAUUCUGAAACAACCAUUUCCUUUAAUAAGAAGCUGGGGUACUAAUGUCAGCCCCUGAGCAAAGACAUGACUGCAUAUCUCAAAAUUUUCCAUUUCUACAGCAGACCUUAGGUGCUGGACACAGAACCACACUGUGGUAUUACUUUGCGUACAUAUGAAGCAGUUCCCUGUGCAAUUUCCCUUUAAGCAGUCCUGAAUUCUCAUUACUUCAUUUAAAGCAAUUUUACUCUCUCAUGAAGCUGAAUAGUUGAAAAAUUAUUCAAACCCAAGUAAGGAAAAAAAAUCCAGAAUAAGACUGGUAAGUUUUCCCAAAAACUUUCUGAAUGUGAUGUUAGAAGAUGAAUGUUCCAUUAAGACUGAGGAGCUGAAAGCCUUAGAUAGAGCCCUUUGGCAUCUAAGGGGAAUCAAGUCAUGUGUACAGGUGUACAGUGGGAGUUCAACACCAGAAAAAUCAGUGUACAGUGUCAACCAAGUGCUCCAAGUAGGUAAAAAAGUAGCUCACAAAGCUCUAUGUUCUGCUAUAGCAAAAACAUUUCCUAUAACAUUGCCUAUACAAAGUAACUUUGCCAUUAGAUCUGUGUUUCCUUGAGGCUUUCUGAUGAGAUGGAUGUGUUAGCAGAGAUCCGAUCUCUCUACACACCUUCACCACUACAAUGUAAGCCAACACCUGUGCUGUGAACACAGCCCUAACAUUUCCAAAGAGGCAUCCUGCACUCUGUGUGGGUUGGACCUGCCAAAAAUAGCCGUAUCAUGCCUUGUUGGUUGUUUAAAAUCAGGCCACCAAAUGAGGUCAUGAAACAAUCCUUUGCAGUCAUGAAUGAUCAGUAUCAGUUUUUGGGGAAAAGCCCAGAUAGCUCUCAACCACAGCCUCUAAAAGCAAACAAAAGGAUUUUCCAUUUGCACCUGAACUCCAAAACCCUCUUAACAAACACACAAUUUACCUCUUACAUUAUAAGUUCUUCACUCAGAAACAAGGUUAUUUCAGGUACAAAUGGGUUAACUCACAAUUUGACAUCCUAUUCCUUUCCUACUCCCUAGCCACUCAUUCUUGUCAAUAUUAUUUUAGGGGAAUCAGAUUUGUGUUUUAGAAGCUUUUUAUCUUUCAUGUAUUUACCUUACAUUUUUCAUUAUCAUUAUUAUUAUCACUGCUUAAAAUGUAAUAAACAGCUUACAAAGGCAGACAUUCUUACUAAUCUCUCAAAGUCACAGAGUUCUUUAAUUCCCUCAUACAUUUUUGAAAGGCAUUUCUGUAAAUCCUCAUCAUUAUGAUACUAAAACCGUGCUGGGAAUGUCCACGGGCGUUUGAGACGUCUGCUUUAACAGCACAUCUCGGUAUGUCUCAGUUUUGAGGUUUCCUCAUGCUUCAUCAGAUCUCAUCGGUAAGAAGUAGUUCAAAGUGUGUACUGAUUACAUAGCUCUUUGCUGUAAAUUAAGGUAUUUUUAAAUGCAGAUGGCACAUGAACAAAGUUUUUCUCAUAUGAGAGGGAUUUUAGUUGGUCAACAAUUAGUCAAGUAAACCUCUGGGUGAAGUCCCUUCAGGGGGGAGAUGGAAGUGUUGUUUCUAAUUACUCUCUUUGAGCAGACUAAUUGCAAAAGGGUCUAAAAUAGAUGCUUUCACAUCCCAUAAAACAGCAGGCAGCAAAUCAAGACCGGCAGACAAACAGGGCUGGGUUUUUUUAAGCACUUGAAAAAACCCUACCCCUCCCACAAAAGACUCACGUAAUCACUCUAGAGAACAAUGUGCAAGGGUAAACCUUCUCAGUCAGGCCAUCCUGUUAAUGCCCUUAACUGCUCAGAGGAUCCAAGAAGCUGCAGAGAUGUCUACUGAGCUUCCCGCAACAACAGUGGUGGCAGAAAUGGACCCUUUCACAGCCUCUGAGACCAACAUUUCCACCUGUGACUUAUAUGAGCACAAAGACACAGCACGGAUAUUAUUGUCUGUCUUCUACGGCUCCAUCUUGAUUCUUGGGGUGCUUGGAAACACCAUUGCCCUCACUGUCAUUUUUAAAAACAGAAAGAAGAUCAACUCCACUACCCUCUAUUCAACAAACCUCGUCUUCUCCGACCUGCUGUUCUGCAUUGCCUUGCCAACCAGGAUCGCCUACUACGCCCUGGGAUUCCACUGGCCCUUUGGAGAAGCUCUGUGUCGAAUCACUGCGCUCCUGUUCUACAUCAACACCUACGCAGGUGUCAACUUCAUGACGUGCCUGAGCAUCGACAGGUUCUUCGCUGUCGUCCACCCCUUCCGAUACAAGAUCAGAAGGAUUAAAUAUGCCAAGGGCAUUUGUGUCUUUGUCUGGUUUCUUGUAUUCAGUCAAACUUUCCCAUUACUUAUACAAUCCAUGUCACACGAAGAAAAUGAAAGGACUACAUGUAUGGAAUAUCCAAACUUUGAGAAAAUAGAACAUCUACCACUUAUACUUCUUGCUGCCUGUUUAAUAGGGUACCUUAUUCCUCUGGGAAUUAUUCUAUUUUGCUACUCUCAAAUCAGCUGCAAACUUUUUCAAACAGCCAAGGAAAAUCCACUGACUGAAAAAUCAGGGAUAAACAAAAAAGCCAUCAAUACAAUCAUAUUUGUAAUUAUAGUGUUCAUCAUCUGCUUUACUCCUUAUCAUGUUGCAAUCAUACAACACAUGAUUAAGAAACUUCAGCAAGAACCCUUGUGCACUGAAAAGAAAAUUUUCCAGAAGUCACUCCACUAUACUGUAUUUCUGAUGAAUUUUAACUGCUGCCUAGAUCCUUUCAUCUAUUUCUUUGCAUGCAAAGGAUACAAGAGAACUGUACUGAAAAUACUGCGACGACAAGUGAGUGUAUCAAUUUCAAGUGCUGCCAGAUCACAUCACGAAGAAAGCUCCCGUGACGCAGGAGAAACGCAAAUGACGGUACUUGCUAAAUCUUCCAAUGGAAAGCUACCUGAAAAAUAAACUCUGUAGUACAGCACAGUGAACCAAGACUAAAAAUCCAGGGUCCACAGCAAAAACUCUUAGUGCUCCCCUACAGUAGCUUAAGUAAAAUUCUGUUUCUCAGGAUGUCAGGGAAUCAAGGAGUGAUGGACUGAAAAAGAUUUGUCACAGGACAGCAGGAAAACUCGGCAUUAUAAUUUUCUUGCUAUAUCCUUUUGACUCAUCUCUUAUUUUUUCCAGGAAAUAAGCACCAUUGUGGAUGUUCAGAUUCCAUGCUGCACAUACAUAUGCCUGGAUAUUAAUAACUCAAGCAGAGCCAAAUCACAGUUAGGGUUGAGCACAAACAUAGUCUACAAUUCAGACCAACUACAACCAGAACAUCUAAAAAUUUCAAGACCUCUAGUUGAGCUCCAGUUAUAGCAAUGAUUUUGUUGGCCCAGUCACACAAACAGAGGAAAUAAAAUUUUGAGAUAAAAUGAACAACUUCUUUGCUCAUUUGACUAUGACAAGUACUUAGUUUAUAGCUCUUUGGAGGUGAAACUACAUUUUACAAUAUUUGGAGCACAAAUGCCUUAUUGGACAAUUCACAUAGAAAACAUUGUCAAAUGCAACACAUAAAAAGCUAAUGAACUGUUUGGUUCUCCCCAACACUGAACAUCUGCUGUAUGUAAAGUCACUCAUCUUCACAAGGUGUAUUAUCGCUUUACUCCUUUUCCUUUUUAGUGUGUAUUGUAAAAAGGUUCUCUCUACUCCUGUUGUAUAUAGAUUAUUUAUAAACAUGAAUUGAAGCAAGAGACUGUAAUACGAAAACAGUAAAAAGAACAGUGAUACAGUGUUCUUCAGAACUUCUGCUGAAGUCAGACAUGGACACAAGACAAAUGCUUUAGAAACCUGAAUAAAUGUUCAUAGUUGAGACCAUUCAAAAAGUAAAUUAAUGGAUUAAUUCUGAUGGUAUGAGAUGGCUACCUCUCUUUAAGCACUGUUUACCUGGGAGAUCAAUAAAUGAGAACAGCAGAACUGGCAGGGAAGGAACAAGUUUUCUCAUCAUGCCUUCAUCCAGCGUAUCUGGGAUCCCUUUAGGCAUGCUGAAAUUGGCUCAGGAAAUAGACCAAAUGACUUAAGCACAUCCUGCUGGAAUCAGCUCAAUACCAGCUGAGAAUCCAGGAUGUAAGCCCUGGGUUCCUGCUGAUGUGCCCUUCAGUCACGUUUCAGCUUCCUUCCCUACUUUAUUCCUGGCCCUGCUAUCUUUUCUUUAGUGCUCUAUCUUAUUAGUAUGCCUCUGCUGGCCAACACAACUUGGUAACUCAACCAGAAGGUUGUGAUGGAAAAUUAAAGAGUGCCUGAUAAUCAUCAGUAAAGGCUAUGCCAGAUGUUAGAACAAAUGUUAUUUAUUGCAGCUGUAUCUCUCUGGCACUGAAAUUGUACUGGAAGUCAAACAAACAUAUUACACUUGUCAUUCUGCAAUUCCUUCCCUCCUCACAUGCUGACCUCUGCCUACCUGCAAAUAAGGAAGGGUAGUACCUGACAAGCAGUACAGAAGCAUUAAAUUAACAAUCAAUUUUUUAUGGCAAAGAAACCACAACCCCCCCUACAUUUCAUACCAUUUAGACUGCCAAAAUUGAGUUUCUACUUCUAAAAUACUAAUUCUCUCUUUUCUAAUUGUAAAAGACACUAUUCAGCAUCAGAAAAGCAGUGUAAGAAAAAUAACUUUUAUCAGGAGAAGUUCUACUUAAUUCUGUAUGUUCUAGCAGUUCUGUUCUUGUCAGCUUUUUUUAAUAAACUAUUUUAAAACAUUA